UAGUUACAAAUUCUCACGCCAAAAAUGCCAGUUCUUCGCAAUGAGGGGUGAUGAGAUUCGAACCUGUGACCUUUAUGUCACACUGGCUCUUGAUACCAUGUCAAAGGACCAACUCAACCAAAAGCUUAAGUUGAUGGUUGAGGUCCCAGGAAUAGAUUUAUACUCUAUCAUUUACAUCUGCUUCUGUUAAUUUGUUCAUUAUAUAUUUCAACAUAAGUUAUUCCACUUUUCAUUAUUAAUCAAACACAAGCUGAAGUUGGUUGUUUUCACGCUUUGACUUCCUAGUUCCUACCAUAAUUUAUAUCUUAUGAUCAAUAUUCAAUAAUAGUCAAGGUUCUUUAUGAAUUGUGCAAAAUAUCAAAUUGAUAAAAUAUCAAAAUAUCAAAUAAUACCAUAAUUUUCAAAGAAUUGAUCAGCACCUUCGAUGCACACUUAUUGUAUUAAUGAAACAUAGUGAUUUUAGUAUCAGUCUAUCAAUCUACGAUCAUAUUCCAUAAUUGCUAACUUAAGUAGCUGGAUUCAAAUGAACUACUGCCUUUUUUUAGCUCACAUUCCACUUUCCGUUUUAUGUUGUUUGGAGAUAGUUCUUCGAACCUUGUCCAAUUCAUCGAUAAACAGAAAAAGAUACUUCCUCUGUUUCUUUUUACUUGCAACAGUUUGACUUUCACGCUUGAUAAAUAAAAAUGAUAAAGAGUAUAUAUUCAGAAAAUAUACAUUCAGACGAAUCCAACAAGAUCCCACAUGAAUAUAUUUUUCCUUAACUAUAAAUCACCAAACAUAAAUUAAAUAGCAUUGGUGAAUAGUGUAAAACUCAAAACGUUGCAAGUAAAAAGAAAGGGAGGAAGUAUAUAUUAAAGGAUUUUUUUUUUAUAAUAACCACCUUAUAUUUUACCUACUUUUAAAAUAACUACCUUAUACUUUUUUAUCUUUAUUUAACCACCUUACUUUACUAACUUCAUUAAUUUCACCACCACCGAAUGUUUUUGGUCUAUUUUUCCAGCCAACGUGGCCCCACCUAUUGAUUUCCCUCAAAUCCACAAUAUGCCUAUAUGAUUCUUCCAUUACUCCUUUUCAGACCUUGUCCAAUCUCUCUCAAUCGUCAAAAUUCUUCCAACUAAAUCUACAUUUGGGAGAGAGUAAAUUCAUAUAUUGACUUUGUAAUUCAAUCCACGAUGAAAUUUCAAAGAUUCCCCGAGGAGGCAUGGACAGGAAGAAAAGGGGGAAAUGAAAUUUUGGACGAAAUGUGUUAGUGGUGAAAUUUAAAUAGUUAGUAAAGUUAAGGUGGUAAAAUACACAAAAAGAAGAAGUAUAAGGUGGUUAUUCUCAAAAUGGGUACAACAUAAGGGGUUAUUAUCAAAAAAAUCCUAUACCAAAUCUCCUAUUCUAUAUUUUCUUUGUUCUGAAAUAAGUGUAACACUUGUCUCUUAUAUAUGUGAGUUUUUUUUAAGAGAAGUGUUCUAUGGUGUUAGUAAUCCAUAAUCUUUGUGAAGUCAUAUUCAUUUUGGAGGCCAGUAAUAGUUGGAAGUGGUGGAUUUGUUUUCAAAAAGGGCUUACUAUCAUGUGAAGAAUGUCGUGGUUGAUAGAGCAAAUAGACUGAAUUUCACUUUUAUUUAAUGCUUGAAGCUCUUCAAGUUUUGUCGUUCUCAAACAUUUCCAGGAUGACCCUGCCACUCCAGCAUAUUAUAGGCUCUUACGGUUCGAUUUUGUCUGAUGAAAAAUGCAGAGAUUAUUUUGCUUUUAGCAGUGAAACAUAUCUAGGUGAUGGAUUGCGUACAACCUUGUACUUGAUAGGUCUUCUCUAUUGUUUUAUUGGAUUAUCAGCCAUUACAGCUAAAUUUUUUCGCUCGAUGGAGAAUGUUGUUAAGCAUACUCGUGAAGUGGUAGUAACCGAUCCUCUAACCAAGGUUCAAACUGUGAGAUAUGAGAAGGUGUGGAAUUAUACAAUUGCAGACAUCAGUCUUCUAGCUUUUGGGACUAGCUUCCCCCAAAUAUCUUUAGCGACCAUUGAUGCUGUAAGAAAUCUCGGAUGCUUGAAUGCUGGAGGCUUGGGUCCCGGAACACUAGUUGGUUCAGCUGCAUUCGACCUAUUUCCAAUCCAUGCUGUUUGUGUAGUAGUCCCAAAAGCUGGAGAACUAAAAAAGAUAUCUGACGUAGGAGUCUGGCUGGUUGAGCUAUUUUGGUCUUUUUGGGCUUACAUUUGGCUAUACACAAUAUUGAAGGUUUGGACUCCCAAUGUGGUUACACUAUCGGAGUCGUUAUUGACAGUGUUGCAAUAUGGCUUAUUGCUUCUACAUGCAUAUGCUCAAGACAAGCGUUGGCCUUACUUAUCUAUUCCUUUCUCGAGAUCUGAGAGGCCUUUGGACUGGGUCCCGGAAGAGGCUUCAUCAAUUAAACAUGAGAGCUUCGGGGAAGACUGCUUUGAUUAUUCUCAAGUCUCUGAUAAUGCAGAUAAUAAAAUCGACAUAGUUUUUGUUCAUGCUGAUAACAGAACAGGUCCUUUAUAUCAGGGCAUGCCUCCAAAUGAUACUGCCGAUUCAUUUGCUGAACAACUUUUGAUGAAGAAAUGUGAAGAUGAUGUUAGUUUAUUGUCACUUUGGAAGCAACAGUUUGUGGAUGCGCUCAUGUUUGAACAUAAUAAAUUGGAGGGCCUCUGUCUAAGGUCAACCAGAAUCAUCUGGUAUCUGCUUCUCCUGCCAUGGAAGAUUUUGUUUGCGUUCGUACCUUCUUACCAUAUUGCUCAUGGAUGGAUAGCCUUCAUCUGUUCUCUACUAUUCAUCAGUGUGAUAGCCUACACAGUCACAAAGCUCACUGAUAUGAUAAGCUGCGUGACAGGAAUAAAUGCCUACGUUAUGGCUUUUACUGUAUUGGCUGCGGGAACUUCUUGGCCGGAUUUGGUGGCCAGCAAGAUUGCCGCUCAGCGUCAGACAACAGCUGACUCUGCUAUCGCAAAUAUCACCUGCAGUAAUUCAGUGAAUAUAUAUGUGGGCAUUGGCAUCCCAUGGCUAAUCAACACAACAUACAACUACUUUGCAUAUCAAGAACCAUUGAGGAUCGAAAACGCCGAGGGGCUUAGUUUUUCAUUGCUUGUUUUCUUCUCCACUUCAGUGGGUUGUAUAUCUGUUCUGGUAUUGAGGCGUCUUGUAUUUGGUGCUGAGCUAGGUGGGCCUAGGAUUUGGGCAUGGAUUUCAUGUGCCUACUUCUUGUUGCUUUGGCUUAUUUUUGUUAUUCUAUCCUCGCUCAAAGUCUCUGAUCUCCUAUAAUUUGAAAUGCCCUGCUACUUCCUCCGUUUCUUUUUACUCGCUACACUUUCCAUUAUGGGAAGUUUCACAUUACUUGCUACACUUCUUUUUUGGGCAAUAAACUCUCUCUAUCUCUCUCCUCCCACAUGGGUCCCUUUUCUUUUUACUCUCUACCUCUCUCUUCUCCAAAAAUUGUCUAGGAGUCCGUGAAAUAAGAAGUAUAGCGAGUAAAAAGAAACGGAGAAAGUAUAUGUUUGGUCUAUUUCAAUUAUAUGAGUGCAUUAGUAUACCUAUUUACAAUUUAAAGUUGUACUACCUCUGUUUCUUUUUAUAAGAAAGUAACAAGGAUAAUCCCAACUAUAACGCUCAUAAAAAAGUACCAACUUUUGAUUAAUCUUGAGCAAGCCCAACUAUGAGCCCUCAUUUAAACACAUGGUCCUAGUAGACUUGUCAAUUAAAG